GCGAGUUUGCAUCCUGAUCUCUCUCCCUGGCAGCUAGCUCUAGCGAGAGAUCGACGUGCUGCUUUUGGAUCGAUCGUAGCCGGCCGCCGGGCGCCAUGGGCCGAGGGAAGAUCGAGAUCAAGCGGAUCGAGAACUCGACGAACCGGCAGGUCACCUUCUCCAAGCGCCGGGGCGGGCUGCUCAAGAAGGCCAACGAGCUCGCCGUGCUGUGCGACGCGCGCGUCGGCGUCGUCAUCUUCUCCAGCACCGGCAAGAUGUUCGAGUACUGCAGCCCUGCCUGCAGCUUGAAGGAGCUGAUUGAGCAGUAUCAGCACGCUACCAACACCCACUUUGAGGAGAUAAACCAGGAUCAGCAAAUAUUUGUGGAGAUGACGCGGUUGAAGAACGAGAUGGACAAGCUGGAGACGGGCAUCAGGAGGUACACCGGCGACGACCUCUCCUCGCUCACCCUCGACGACAUCGGCGACCUCGAGCAGCAGCUCGAGUACGCCGUCUCCAAAGUUCGCGCGAGAAAGCAUCAGCUCCUGAACCAACAGCUUGACAACCUGCGUCGCAAGGAACACAUCUUGGAGGACCAGAACACCUUCCUGUACCGCAUGAUCAACGAGAACCAGCAGGCGGCGGCGCUGGGCGGCGAGGUGAAGCUGGGGGAGAUGGCGCUGCUGGCGAUGCUGCCGCCGCCGGCGCCGUUCGCGCCGCACUCGGGCUGCUACUACGGCGGGGAGUCGUCGAGCACGGCGCUCCAGCUGACGCCCGCGGCGCCGCAGCUGCACCCCGACGUCGGGUUCCGGCUGCAGCCGACGCAGCCCAACCUGCAGGACCCGGCGUGCGGCGGCCUCCAUGGCCACGGCCUGCAGCUGUGGUAAGCCCAGCCCAGCUAGCCUAGCCAUGCACACAUCU